AUGCCUGAUAAACGGUCAACCUAUCCAAAUUCCUAUGAAAAAUAUUUCCCAUUAGAUCGUUCAAAAUCGUUUAUUAGUGUGCACUUAAAUCAGCAGUCAAUAAUAUCCGAUCAUAAAACUGGUGCACGAAAAUCUCCGAUUUCUCGAAAGUUCACUGACGAAUCUCGUGUACAAACAGUCAAAGAUCUUUUUGAAUAUGGCUUAAAUAAUUCGAGAUCCAAUCGGUGUCUGGGGAAACGGCCGUCUUUCAAUGAUCCAUACUCGUGGCUAACUUAUGAUGAAGUAGAUGAGCGAAUAAGGGCUAUCGGGUCGGCACUCUCAGAAAUUGUGAAACUUAAACAUGACUGUGAAAAUUUUGUCGGGAUUUAUGCACCAAAUUCACCAGAGUGGGUUAUUAUGCAGCAUGCAUGUGCAGCAUAUUCUUAUACCAUAGUACCUUUGUAUCCAACUCUCGGUGAUGAAGCUUUGCAACAUAUUCUAUCGCAAACGAAAAUGAACUGUGUGCUGUGUGCUUCAGGAAGUGAAGCUCUUCAUUUAAUGGACAAAUUUGAAUCUUCCCUUGAAAUUUUAAUCAUUAUUGCAAAUGAUUCUAAAUUUGAAGAAGUUAAAUCUCGUUAUAGUUCGAAAGUUUCAAUUUACUUGUUUGAAGAAUUAAUGAAACUGGGGCUGAAUAAACUUUUGCCGAAAAAAGACCCGUUACCAACAGACCUUUAUAUGGUUUCCUACACUAGUGGAAGUACUGGUUUGCCCAAAGGAGUUCUGAUUAGGCACAAAGAAGUUGCAUGUGCCGUAAUUGCACUUCAUGAAUCUAGUGAAUUCAAGAUGAUCAAUUCUAAUUCAGUACAUCUCUCAUAUCUCCCACUGCCACAUAUGAUGGAACAAGUAGCAAUGUCUUCUCAUAUUCUGAUGGGAGCUUGUUCGGGAUUUCUAACAGAAUCUAUUGAUGGUCUACUGGAUGAUGCUCAUAUUUUGAGACCAACUUUAUUGGCUAUAGUUCCACGUGUACUUUCUCGUCUGUACACAAAAUAUCAAAGUGCAUUGGGUGAUUCCGUAGUAAAAAAACAACUUUAUAAUUACAUUGUGAAGAAAAAAUUAGCUGAACAAAAACGUGGAAAAUUUCAUCAUCGAAGCGUUGUGGACACAAUGUUGUUUGGUAAACUUAGAAAGAAAUUUGGCGGACGUGUGUGUUGCGUAGUAUCCGGGAGCGCCCCAUUGUCACCAGAACUCUCAAAGUUUGCACAUGCUGUAUUCAACGUGGUUUUUGAAGGGUAUGGAUCAACCGAAACAAUGGGAUGCGUCACUUUGUCAUCGGUCGGAGAGUACCGUUUAGGUACUGUCGGUGGUGUUGUUUAUGGUGUGGAACUGAAACUUGUGGACGUCCCAGAUUUUGGUUUGGUUGCAUUACGUGAUGGAAGGGGCGAAGUAAGUUUUUAA